AUGGAGAACGUGAGAUUGUCCAACCUACUGGAGUUCCAGAGUGUACCAGUAGGGGGUAUCAGUUACAAAGCAGCAUUCAGUGAGCAGCUCCAUGUCUCCGUUAUCGUUCCCCUCUGUGUCUGUCUGGAGGUUUAUGUACAGCAAGUCAAUCAGACUCUAUCACUGUGGUGCACUUUCGGUGGAGGGACCAAACUGAGCGUUGGCAGUAAGUAUUCAGUUCUAGAGCUUGACCUCUGAUAUCAAAAUCCCAAUUAACGUUCUUAACUAUAUUGCAACACCCUUAAAUAGAAAGUAGAAAUGUAUAUUUAUUUUUGGAGAAUUUGUGUUGCAUUUAUUUUCCUUAGAAGUAAAUUGAGUUAAAUUAAAAUGCUGAUUCAAGUUAUAAUAUAUCAAACAAGGAGCUUAUACAGCGUGUAUUAAUUUGGAACAGGGUUAUUGUUGAAAUCAGAGUGGUUUAGCUAAAUGUAGCUUUAUAAAGAGCGAAAGCAGUGUCUCUAUAGUGUCAGAGGUUUUUGUACGGCCGCUAAAUGAGAUUGUAUUACUGUGGUACACUUUUGGUGGAGGCACUAGACUGGAUGUUGGAAGUAAGUUUACCUACCUCUAAUUACUAAUUAAAGAAAAUGUUCUGACCUCGCAUACAGAUGCAUUGAUGAUCAUGUGAGAAAAGAAACUAAGAUUUAAAUUUAAAAAAAUACUAUGCAUGAUUAUGUUUUUGGUAAAAUAAUUAUUCUCUUCAUAAGCCUUACCAUUUGUGUGAAAAGCUGAAUAUAACGUUUGGUUAGACCUCAAAUUUUAAGCUAUUAUUUUUGGUUAAGAGACCCUGUCUCAUUGAUCAUAGCUCUAUUCAUUUUAUCUUGUCUUUUGUCUUUUAAAUGUAUAUAAUUGUUGUAAGAUGGUUAUACUCAACUUAAAUUUACUCCUUCAGUAUUCAACUGCAAAGUAUUGCUUAGUUUUGCUAUAUAUUUCCUAUUUGCUGUUUUGCUAACUUAUUUGAUCUCAUUUGCUAUUUUAUUUGCUAUUUGCUAUCGAUUGAAAAGUUUUGCUAUCUUGCGAAGUCCUGCUGCCAUGCUGUUCAUAUGAAUACACGUUUGGUUUCAACUUGAUAGAAUGUCUCGUAAAUUACACUAUAACUUAAUUCAUUUUAUUUCCAUGAAUCAAAACUUUUAAAUGUUUUUAGUGUGUCUUUUAAAUGAAAUGUAUAUUAUUUUUUAAAUUGUUACAGUCAACUGGAAUUUACUUCCUCAGCAUAGGCUUAUUUUCAACAGAUUUUAAAUGAAUUCAUAAUUUAAGAAUAGGUCGUACAAUCUGUGGAAUGUUCUUUAAAAUAAUAAUAAUAAAUAAUGAAAUACAGUUUGACUCCUAGGAUUUGAUUCCAUUACAAUAAGGGAGAAGUAUGCUGAAAUAUUUCACAUUUUAAAUAGUUAAAUUUGGAAGAUAGUUGAGUGUACUUUCAGUCAUCUCAUGUAGUUAUAAUAUUUAGUAGCUGAAAGAGUGACAGAAAGACUGAUAAACUGUCUGUUUGAGGAACAGAAAACUACUGAUAGACAAAGCCUUCAUUUACAGCUAGGAUGUAAAACUGAUGCAUCAUUAUUGUCAUAUCAGUCUGGUGAUUGAUUGAUAGCUCGCCUCUCCCUAACAUCCCACCUGUCUUUUAGGUGAUGUUAGUCCCACCUUGACAGUCCUGCCCCCCUCCAGCGUUGAGCUGGAGCAGGGCAAGGCCACUCUCAUGUGCCUGGCCAACAAGGGCUUCCCCUCAGACUGGAAGCUGAGCUGGAAGGUGGACGGUAGCAGCAGCAACACCUGGGAGGUGACUGGGAGCCCCGGGGUCCUGGAGAAGGAAGGCCACUACAGCUGGAGCAGCACCCUGACCCUUCCUGUCGACCAGUGGAGGAAGGUGGGCUCUGUGACCUGUGAGGCCACCCAGGGCUCCCAGUCUCCUCUCUCUGAGACACUGAGGAGAGACCAGUGUUCUGAUUAAUGAGUCCCCCCCCCCCUCUCUGACUCCACUGUUUUUACUCUGCACCUCUCCUUCUUACUGUUCCAGCAAUACUAGCACACUUGUGCUGCACUGGACCCUGUGUGGGAAUCCUUCCUCCAGCUGGAGCGUUUAGCAUAGUGGAACAAACAGAAUAUAUGUCUGAUUCUGAUGUCAAAUAGAUCUGCUUGGCUUUCAUAUCACUUGUUCUGCACCUAAUUGCUGUAAUGCUGUUGGUUCUGACAUGUUGAGAUAAUAAAGACGGUCAAUCUUUUAAAUUGUUUGCCUGGAUAUCAUUAUUUAAUGAGUUUUACCAUUAGACAUUGAGAUCUUCAUGAUUUGUUUAGAUUUCAUAAGGAAUGGAAAGCUCUGCCAUGGAAAAUGAUUUGACUAAUACAUGUCAGUUAAUUAACCUCUCUCAAUGAAUGCUUGGAUGAUUGGGGCACAUUUGGUACAAGUCAAAAGGAGAUCUACAAUGAUACUAAUACUGAAGCCAUGUGAUCUAAACCUACUGGUCUUCAUGAUGUUACUAAUACUGAAGCAAUGUGCUCUAAACUCACUGGAACUCUCUGGGGACAGGUAAACAUCUGGCCACGGUGCUGCUCUAUUCUGGGAGUGUUGCGGUAACCCUGCCCAUGCAAAUAUUACUUUCAAUCACACAACAGCUCACAAUCUCCCAGACUCAAAUCCUCUGGGCCUGAGGCAGCUGUGUGUGUCUGAGUAGGGCUGACUAGGGCUGGGGAACCAAACUUCAUGCUAGACUUUGCAUAACGUUCAAAUUGGGGACUUCACUCUCAGGUCUUUAUAUGGCUACGUAAACUACAUUUAUUUGUGGCAGAUAUACUGUAUCAUAAUGAUAUCAAUCUAGUACUUAUUGAAUCCAAUUUAUAUGACUGUAUUCACUCUUUCAAGGUUGGAAGGGGUACACUGUAGAAGUUGAGUAGGGCAUGAAUAGUUGGGUUCGGACAGGGUCAACUUUCAUGCUAUUGUGUACUGAAACAGGUUCUUCUUACAAUAUGAAGAUAAAUCAAACCUAUUCUGAAUUUUGUUCAACACGUCCUUAAAAAGAAAGCAUUUUCUACAGCUCUGUAUCCUUAGUGGUCCCAGUAUGUUUACUAAGAUGACAAUUUUUGCUGAAUAUAUUGAGAUAUGUACAGUAUAAUAGUCUAUAGAUAAGCCUAACCAAUUACAUUGUCGCAUUGUAGUGUCAUAUUUUGAUGAAUUGGUGUUUAGAAUACUUUAGAAUACGGGAGACUAUGUAGCUCUGCAGCUGUUGAGUCAGAGCAGUUCCUCUUUAGCUGAGGGAGGUUUUUGUACGACGCUCUAACACUGUGUGAACGGAGAGCUGUAACCCUGCUGACAGUAGUAAUCUCCUGCAUCUUCAGCCUGGACUCCACUGAUGGUCAGAGUGUAAUGAGUAUAAGAACGACCAGAUCCACUCCCAGUAAAACGACCUGGAAUCCCAGACUGACGGGUUGUAGCAGCAUAAACCAGGAGUUUAGGAGCUUCUCCAGGUUUCUGCAGGUACCAGUGGAGAUUAUUACUGGUGCUUGAACUGGCUGUACAGCUGAUAGAGAAAGUAUCUCCUGGGCUAACAGACUGAGAUGUAGGAGACUGAGUCAGAAUUAUAUCUGCUGAUGAUUCUGAAAAAAAUUAAAAGUGAAGAAAGGCUGAUUAAUAAGGUUGUCACAACAAAUAGACAUUGCUAAUCUUCCAAAGCCUAUCAUGAAACAUAUCAGGCAACACCAGAUGAUUUGUUUUUCUUUUUAUCUUCAAUAUUCACAAAUUAAGGUUAAAACACAUCAUAAAUUAAAGUUGGUCAAAGUGUCUCUCACCCUGAACAAGGAGCCCCAGUGUCCCCAGCAUUAUAAUCAGGGACAUCAUCAUUGUGCUGUGUGUUAGUUGCUCUGAAAGGAGUGAACAGUCACUGAUCAACACUUGGGUUUUAAAAGUAUGUGGAGCAAUGACGCAGGACAGCUAUGCAAAGCUUUCAUAUUUUCCGCAAAAACACGCACCGUGCACAUGCACACACACAGAUAACCCCAGAAACCCUAGACCCACUGCAAUUUGCAUACCGCCCCAACAGAUCCACAGAUGACGCAAUCUCUAUUGCACUCCACACUGCCCUUUCCCACCUGGACAAAAAGGAACACCUACGUGAGAAUAGUAUUCAUUGACAUUCAGGAUUCAAUACCAUAUUGCCCUCAAAGCUCAUCACUAAACUAAGGACCCUGGGACUAAACACCUCCCUCUGCAACUGGAUCCUGAACUUCCUGACGGGCCACCCCCAGGUGGUACGGAUAGGUAACAACACAUCUGCCACGCUGAUCCUCAACACGGGGGCCCCUCAGGGGUGCGUGCUCAGUCCCCUCCUGUACUUCCUGUUCACCCAUGACCGCAUGGCCAAGCACGACUCCAAUACCAUCAUUAAGUUUGCCAAUGACACAACAGUGGUAGGCCUGAUCACCGAUAACGAUGAAACAGCCUAUAGGGAGGAGGUCAGAGACCUGGCCGUGUGGUGCCAGGAUAACAACCUCUCCCUCAACGUGAUCAAGACAAAGGAGAUGAUCGUGGACUACAGGAAAAGGAGGGCCGAGCACGCCCCCAUUCUCAUCGACGGGGCUGUGGUGGAGCAGGUUGAGAGCUUCAAAUUCUUUGGUGUCCACAUCACCAACAAACUGUCAUGGUCCAAACACACCAAGACAAUCAUGAAGAGGGCACAACAACUCCUAUUCCCCCUAAGGAGACUGAAAAGAUUUGGCAUGGAUCCUCAGACCCUCAAAAAGUUCUACAGCUGCACCAUCGAGAGCAUCCUGACUGGCCUCCGACAGCAAGGCACUACAGACGGUAGUGCGUACGGCCCAGUACAUCACUGGAGCCAACCUUCCUGCCAUCCAGGACCUCUAUACCAGGCGGUGUCAGAGGAAGGCCCUAAAAAUUGCCAAAGAUUCCAGCAACCCUAGUCAUAGACUGUUCUCUCUGCUACCGCACGGCAAGUGGUACCGGUGCGCCAAGUCUAGUCCAAAAGGCUUCUUAACAGCUUCUACCCCCAAGCCAUAAGGCUCCUGAACAGCUAACCAAAUGGCUACCCAGACUAUUUGCAUUGAUCUAUGGACAUGCUUGUACUUCCAUCUAGUGGCAACAUAACGGCAAAAGAACAUCAAACAUCCCACACACUGGUUGACUCAACGUUGUUUCCACGUCAUUUCUAUGAAGUUAUGUUGAACCAACGUGGAAUAGACGUUGAAUUGAGUCUGUGCCCACUGGAAUGAUUGCACUUAAAAUGUCCUCCCUGCCACAGAUUCAAGCAUAAAUCUACCAUGACUGCUGUCUUAUGUUAUCUUAAUUUGGGAAGCUAUUGACAAUAACUGGACAUUUGUAUAAAGCACAUUUAUUUGCAGAUACACAUAGAGGGGGAAGCGACUAUCAGUUCUCAUAUAUAGCCUACCGGCAUUCUCCCUUCAUCUCUUCAUUGACCUCUCCUUCUUAUAUCCUUCUAUUUUUCUCUCCUUUAUUUCAUGAUAUAGUUAGUUUCACUGUCCAAAUACUAUCUUUGUCAGUUGAAACCUCAACCUUUUCCUGUAACUGUCAACAUCUCAAACAGCGAGUCCAUUAUUUCCAACCAGAAUUCACAAUCCUUAUCGAGUCUCACUGAGUCUGUGUGAAGGCGAUCAGAUCCUCAGAUGACUAUACAAUGUGGAUGGGUGGGUCUGUCAAUACUAGUCGAAGUCAAUCUAGACUCAUCUAUUCGUGAAAUGUCAAUAGAAAACUAAAUGAAAUACAGCUAGUUUGCAGACUUUCCAGCUUCAGUUUGAAGUGAUUGUGUUAGAUGUGUUGUUGGCUAGCUCCUCUGAACAGCAGUGUCCUGACUAGAGAGCACAUUUUGUAUGCCAGGAGAAAUCGUGCAUCAUUAGCUCAAUGUUAUGGAUGUAUCCAAAUAAAUGUAAGUAGAAAACAGCUUAAACAAACGCAAAUGCAGCUACUUUGUUGUUAUUUUGGUUGCACAGUUUGACGUGACUGUAAGUUAGCCGUAGUUGGCUAGCUAGCAAGCAAGGGAUAAGAACGUUAACAACCUUAGAUUUGUGUCGGGAUAUGUUGGUAACCCGUUGUCUAAAAGUGAUAAUGCCUUCGAAGUCGGUGUUUGGAGGACAUAUUAACACGGUUUACCAGCCCUUGACUUUGCCUCAUGCCUAACUACACCCGUACCAAUAUAUCCUCCAAACACCGGCUUCUCUGGCAUUAUCAAUUAAAUAAUGCAAGCUCUAGAAUGCCCUUCAAGCCAAUCAGAAAUUAGUAUUCAACAAUGCCAUGGUAUAAAUUUGAUUUAAUUGUCAUUUUUUGUGCACAAUCUACACAAAAUACUAUGUAAUGUCAAAAUGGAAGAAGAAUUAAAAAAUGUCUAAAACAUUUAUGAACAUAAAAAAAAAGGAAUAUAUCUUCAUUACAUUCAGUAAGUAUUCACAAACCUGAGUCAAUACAUGUUCGAAUGACCUUUGGCAGUGAUUACAGCUGUGAGUCUUUCUGGGUAAGUCUCUAAGAUCUUUGCAAACCUGGAUUUUACAUUAUUUGCACAUUAUUCUAUAAAAACUUCUUCAAGCUCUGUCAAGUUGGUUGUUGAUCAUUGCUAGACAGCCAUUUUCAUGUCUUGCCACAGAUUUUCAAGACGAUUUAAGUCAAAACAAUUAAUUUUCUCCUUUCCCCCUUCUGAUAACCAGGUGGCGAAUCGCAUCUCUGCAUGUCUGGCAGACAUAUCAGUGUGGAUGUUGGAUCACCACCUCAAGCUGAACCUCGGCAAGACGGAGCUGCUCUUUCUCCCGGGGAAGGACUGCCCGCUCCAUGAUCUCGCCAUCAUGGUUGACAACUCCAUUGUGUCCUCCUCCCAGAGUGCAAAGAACCUUGGCGUGACCCUGGACAACACCCUGUCAUUCUCCGCUAACAUCAAAGCAGUGACCCGAUCCUGCAGGUUCAUGCUCUACAACAUUCGCAGAGUACGACCCUACCUUACGGCACAGAUCCUAAUCCAGGCACAGGUCCUAAUCCAGGCACUUGUCAUCUCCCGUCUGGAUUACUGCAACUUGCUGUUGGCUGGGCUCCCUGCCUGUGCCAUUAAACCCCUACAACGUAUCUACAACGCUGCAGCCCGUCUGGUGUUCAACGUUCCCAAGUUCUCUCAUGUCACCCCGCUCCUCCGCACACUCCACUGGCUUCCAGUUGAAGCUUGCAUCUACUACAAAACCAUGGUGCUUGCCUACGGCGCUGUCAGGGGAACGGCACCUCCUUACCUUCAGGCUCUGAUCAGACCCUACACCCAAACGAGAGCACUACGUUCAUCCACCUCUGGCCUGCUAGCCCCCCUACCUCUACGGAAGCACAGUUCCCGCUCAGCCCAGUCAAAACUAUUCGCUGCUCUGGCACCCCAAUGGUGGAACAAGCUCCCCCAUGACGCCAGGACAGCGGAGUCACUGACCACCUUCCGGAGACACUUGAAACCCUACCUCUUUAAGGAAUACCUGGAAUUAAAAAAUAAUAAAUAAAUAAUAAAUAAUAAAAUAGGGGGGUUGUCCCACUGGCUAUCAUAAGUUGAAUGCAUCAAUUUGUAAGUCGCUCUGAAUAAGAGCGUCUGCUAAAUGACGUAAAUGUAAAUGUAAAUGUAAAACUGUAACUAUAUGUAGGCCACUCAGAAACAUUCAAUGUCGUCUUGGUAAGCAACUCGAGUGUAUAUUUGGCCUUGUGUUUUAGGUUAUUGUCCUGCUGAAAGAUGAAUUUGUCUCCAAGAGUCUGUUGGAAAGCAGACUGAAUCAGGUUUUCGUCUAGGAUUUUGCCUGAGCUUAGCUCUAUUCUGUUUAAUUUAUCCUGAAAAAAAUAUACCAUCCAAAAUGUCAUUAAUAACUUCACCAUGCUCAAAGGGAUAUUCAAUGUCUGCUUCAUUUUUUUACCAAUCUACCAAUAGGUGCCCUUCUUUGCGAGACGUUGGAAAACCUUUCUGGUCAAACCUGUGUUUGAAAUUCACUGCUCGACCGAGGGACCUUAAAGACAAUUGUAUGUGUGAGGUACAGAGAUGAGGUAGUCAUUUAAAAAUCAUGUUAAACACUGUUAUCGCACACGGAGUGAGUCCAUGAAACUUAUUAUGUGACUUGUUAAGCAAAUGUGUAGUCUUAUUUAGGCUUGCCAUAACAAAGGGGUUGAAUACUUUUCAGCUGUUUUUACUUAAUUUGUAAAAAUGUCUAACCACAUAAUUCCACUUUCACAUUAUGGGGUAUUGUGUGCAGGCCAGUGACACAAAAUCUCAAUUUAAUCAAUUUUAAAUUCAGGCUGUUACACAAUUGUUUUGGGAAAAAGUCAAGGGGUGUGAAUACUUUCUGAAGGCACUGUAUGUCAACAUAGUCCAAAGCAGUUUUCAAAAUGUUGAAAGUUCAAUGGGGAACAUGAAUGUGUCCAAUCUACUGAAGUUCCACAGUAUUAGUUACAAAGCAGCAUUCAGUGAGCAGUGCCAUGUCUCUAUUACCAUUUCCCUCUGUCUGUCUGGAGAUUUUUGCACAGCCAGUCAAUCAGACUUUCUCACUGUGGUGGACUUUCGGUGGAGGGACCAAACUGAAUGUUGGCAGUAAGUAUUCAAUUCUAGAGCUUGACAUCUGAUAUCAAAAUCCCAAUUCAUUUUCUUAACAGUAUUAAUAUCAAACAAGGUUAUACAGUGUGUAUUAAUUUGGAACAGGGUGGUGUAGAAAAAUGUAGCUUUACAAAGAGCGAAAGCAGUGUCUCUAUAGUGUCAGAGAUUUUUGUACGGCCGCUAAAUGAGAUUGUAUAACUGGGGUACACUUUUGGUGGAGGCACUAGACUGGAUGUUGGAAGUAAGUUUACCUACCUCUAAUUACUAAUUACAAUUUUUAUGUAUAUAUCUAUACAGUGGGGGAAAAAAGUAUUUAGUCAGCCACCAAUUGUGCAAGUUCUCCCACUUAAAAAGAUGAGAGAGGCCUGUAAUUUUCAUCAUAGGGACACAUGAAUUUAUUUGCAAAUUAUGGUCGAAAAUAAGUAUUUGGUCAAUAACAAAAGUUUCUCAAUACUUUGUUAUAUACCCUUUGUUGGCAAUGACACAGGUCAAACGUUUUCUGAAAGUCUUCACAAGGUUUUCACACACUGUUGCUGGUAUUUUGGCCCAUUCCUCCAUGCAGAUCUCCUCUAGAGCAGUGAUGUUUUAGGGCUGUCGCUGGGCAACACGGACUUUCAACUCCCUCCAAAGAUUUUCUAUGGGGUUGAGAUCAAGAGACUGGCUAGGCCACUCCAGGACCUUGAAAUGUUUCUUACGAAGCCACUCCUUCGUUGCCCGGGCGGUGUGUUCGGGAUCAUUGUGAUGCUGAAAGACCCAGCCACGUUUCAUCUUCAAUGCCCUUGCUGAUGGAAGGAGGUUUUCACUCAAAAUCUCACGAUACAUGGCCCCAUUCAUUCUUUCCUUUACACGGAUCAGUCGUCCUGGUCCCUUUGCAGAAAAACAGCCCCAAAGCAUGAUGUUUCCACCCCCAUGCUUCACAGUAGGUAUGGUGUUCUUUGGAUGCAACUCAGCAUUCUUUGUCCUCCAAACACGACAAGUAGAGUUUUUACCAAAAAGUUAUAUUUUGGUUUCUUCUGACCAUAUGACAUUCUCCCAAUCCUCUUCUGGAUCAUCCAAAUGCACUCUAGCAAACUUCAGACGGGCCUGGACAUGUACUGGCUUAAGCAGGGGGACACGUCUGGCACUGCAGGAUUUGAGUCCCUGGCGGCGUAGUGUGUUACUGAUGGUAGGCUUUGUUACUUUGGUCCCAGCUCUCUGCAGGUCAUUCACUAGGUCCCCCCGUGUGGUUCUGGGAUUUUUGCUCACCGUUCUUGUGAUCAUUUUGACCCCACAGGGUGAGAUCUUGCGUGGAGCCCCAGAUCGAGGGAGUUUAUCAGUGGUCAGGUAUGUCUUCCAUUUCCUAAUAAUUGCUCCCACAGUUGAUUUCUUCAAACCAAGCUGCUUACCUAUUGCACAUUCAGUCUUCCCAGCCUGGUGUAGGUCUACAAUUUUGUUUCUGGUGUCCUUUGACAGCUCUUUGGUCUUGGCCAUAGUGGAGUUUGUGGUGUGACUGUUUGAGGUUGUGGACAGGUGUCUUUUAUACUAAUAACAAGUUCAAACAGGUGCCAUUAAUACAGGUAACGAGUAAACCAGUCAAACGUUUGAACACACCUACUCAUUCAAGGGUUUUUCUGUAUUUUUACUAUUUCUUAUAUUGUAGAAUAAUAGUGAAGACAUCAAAACUAUGAAAUAACACAUAUGGAAUCGUGUAGUAACCAAAAAAGUGUUAAAUAUAUUUUAUAUUUGAGAUUCUUCAAAUAGCCACCCUUUGCCUUGAUGACAGCUUUGCACACUCUUGGCAUUCUCUCAACCAGAUUAAUGAGGUAGUCACCUGGAAUGCAUUUCAGUUAACAGGUGUGCCUUCUUAAAAGUGAAUUUGUGGAAUCCUUUCCUUCUUAAUGCGUUUGAGCCAAUCAGUUGUGUUGUGACAAGGUAGGGGGUUAUACAGAAGAUAUCCCUAUUUGGUAAAAGACCAAGUCCAUAUUAUGGCAAGAACAGCUCAAAUAAGCAAAGAGAAACGACAGUCCAUCAUUUCUUUAAGACAUGAAGGUCAGUCAAUAUGGAACAUUUCAAGAACUUUCAAAGUUUCUUCAAGUGCAGUUGCAAAAACUAUCAAGCGCUAUGAUGAAACUGGCUCUCAUGAGGACGGCAACAGGAAUGGAAGACCCAGAGUUACCUCUGCUGCAGAGUUCAUUAGAGUUACCAGCCUCAGAAAUUGCAGCCCAAAUAAAUGCUUCACAGAGUUCAUGUCACAGACACAUCUCAACAUCACCUGUUCAGAGGGGACUUUGUAAAUCAGGCCUUCAUGGUCGAAUUGCUGCAAAGAAACCACUACUAAAGGACACGAAUAAGAAGAAGAGACCUGCUUGGGCCAAGAAACACGAGCAAUGGAAAUUUUUGGUUCCAACAGCCGUGUUUUUGUGAGACACGGUGUUGGUGAACGGAUGAUCUCCGCAUGUGUAGUUCCAACCGUAAAGCAUGGAGGAGGAGGUGUUAUGGUGUGGGGGUGCUUUGCUGGUGACACUGUCUGUGAUUUAUUUAGAAUCCAAUGUAUACAUAUCUUUAAAAAAUAUAUUUCCCUUUAUUAUUUUCUGCUAACACUACCACCCCUCCCCUAAAAUGAGUAAUACUAAUGAACAACAACACUUAGGCUUCUACUUCCAGCUUAUACAUACUAUAUACAUUUUACGGACACAAUCUAUUUUACAGUAGUUAUAUUUUGUUUGUUUUUAGUCCUGUCCUUCCUCUACCCUCAACCUAUCCCCUAUUUCUGAUGUCAGUAUGAAAAAUGUCUGCACUCACUAACUGUAAGUCGCUCUGGAUAAGAGCAUCUGCUAAAUUACUAAAAUGUAAAAUGUAAAUGUCCAUCCAGUUUGACGGCUAUUUGCCAUAUAUUUUUAACUGUGCUGUUUCACAAAAGUUUUGAACCUACAGUUGAAGUGGGAAGUUUACAUACACUUAGUUUGGAGUCAUUAAAACUUGUUUUUCAACCACUCCACAAAUUUCUUGUUAACAAACUAUAGUUUUGGCAAGUCGGUUAGAACAUCUACUUUGUGCAUGACACAAGUAAUUUUUCCAACAAUUGUUUACAGACAGAUUAUUUCACUUAUAAUUCACUGUAUCACAAUUCCAGUGGGUCAGAAGUUUACAUACACUUAGUUGACGGUGCCUUUAAACAGCUUGGAAAAUUCCAGAAAAUUAUGUCAUGGCUUUAGAAGCUUCUGAUAGGCUAAUUGACAUUAUUUGAGUCAAUUGGAGGUGUACCUGUGGAUGUAUUUCAAGGCCUACCUUCAAACUCAGUGCCUCUUUUCUUGACAUCAUGGGAAAAUGAAAUGAAAUCAACCAAGACCUCAGGAAAAAAAUGGUAGACCUCCACAAGUCUGGUUCAUCCUUGGGAGCAAUUUCCAAACGACUGAAGGUACCACAUUCAUCUGUACAAACAAUAGUACGCAAGUAUAAACACCAUGGGACCACGCAGCCGUCAUACCGCUCAGGAAGGAGACUGUCUCCUAGAGAUGAACGUACUUCGGUGCGAAAAGUGCAAAUCAAUCCCAGAAAAACAGCAAAGGACCUUGUGAAGAUGCUGGAGGAAACAGGUACAAAAGUAUCUAUAUCCAAAGUAAAACAAGUCCUAUAUCAACAUAACCUGAAAGCCUGCUCAGCAAGGAAGAAGCCACUGCUCCAAAACAGACAUAAAAAAGACUGAUUACGGUUUGCAACUGCACAUGGGGUCAAAGAUCGUACUUUUUGGAGAAAUGUCCUCUGGCCUGAUUAAACAAAAAUAGAACUGUUUGGCCAUUGUAGUAUCGAGUCAAUGCUGGCAAUUAUUGCUGAUAAACAAAGGAGUCCGCUCAUACUGAACCUUGAUCAUAAGUUUAUUCAUAUCACAAGCUUUCAGCAUGAGUUACAGGUGUCAAGAUCACCCGGAGAACGGCGUCCCAGAUUGCAAUGGCCGCUCUAACCUCUUCGUCGUUUUUACCCAGUAUAUAUAAUCUUCCCAAGAUAUGGGUGGCUCCCUCUACUGUCCAAUCCCCUGUCUACAACACACAUACUUCUCUGUCCUAUCCUGGGUGUCACACUAAAACCGGCUCUCUUUCUGCUAAAGAAACAUCUGUUCAGGUUCCACUUAAAAACAUUAACAUAGUCAUAACCUUCAUAUACGACACCAUAAUGACCAUCGUUAUGUUUGGAGGAAAAAGGUGGAGCGCUUGCAAGCCGAAGAACACCAUCCCAACCGUGAAGCACGGGGGUGGCAGCAUCAUGCUGUGGGGGUGCUUUGCUGCAGGAGGGACUGGUGCACUUCACAAAAUAGAUGGCAUCAUGAGGAAGGAAAAUGAUGUGGCUAUAUUGAAGCAACAUCUCUAGACAUCAGUCAGGAAGUUAAAGCUUGGUCGCAAAUGGGUCUUCCAAAUAGACAAUGACCCCAAGUAUACUUCCAAAGUUGUGGCAAAAUGGCUUAAGGACAACAAAGUCAAGGUAUUGGAAUGGCCAUCACAAAGCCCUGACCUCAAUCCUAUAGAAAAUGUGUAGGCAGAACUGAAAAAGUGUGUGUGAGCAAGGAGGCCUACAAACCUGACUCAGUUACACCAGCUCUGUGGGAAGCUUGUGGAAGGCUACCCGAAACGUUUGACCCAAGUUAAACAAUUUAUAGGCAAUGCUACCAAAUAUUAAUUGAGUGUAUGUAAACUUCUGACCCACUGGGAAUGUGAUGAAAGAAAUAAAAGCUGAAAUAAAUCAUUCUCUCUACUAUUAUUCUGACAUUUCACAUUCUUAAAAUAAACUAACUGACCUAAGACAGGCAAUUUUCAGCUUGGUUAUGUUUUUGGUAAGAGUAAUUAUCUUCAUAAGAGUCACCAUUUGUGUGAAAACCGGAAUAUACCUUUUGGUUAGACCUCGAAUUUUAAGCUAUUCUUUUUUUGUUAAGAGACCCUGUCUCAUAAAUCAUAUUUCUGUUCAUUUUAUUUUAAUCUAUUUUAAAUGUAUACAAUUGUUUUAAGAUGGUUAUAUUCAACUUAAAUGUACUCCGUCAGCAUUCAGCUCCAAAGUAUUGCUGAAUUUUUGCUUUCUAUUCACCAUUUGCUAUUUUGCUAUCUUAUCUGAUCCUAUUUGCUAUUUUCUUUGCUGUUUGCUAUCUAUUGAAAAGUCUUCCUAUCUUGCGAAGUCCGGCUGUUCUACUGUUCAUAUGAAUAUAUGUUUAUUUUCAAUUUGUGAUAGAAUGUCUUGUAAAUUACACAUAACUAUAUUCAUUUUCUUUUGAUAAAUUAACACUUUUAAAUGUUUUAGUGUGCCUUUUAAAUUAAAUGUAUAUUAUUGUUAGAUGUUUAACGUCAACUGGAAUUUUACUUCCUCAGCAUAGGCAUAUUUUCAACAGAUUUUAACUGAAUUCAUAAUUUAAGAAUUGUUCAUACAUUCUGUGGAAUAAUAAUAACUAAUAAUGAAAUGCAGUUUGAUUCCUAGGAUUUUAUUCCAUUACAAUAAGGGAGAAGCAUGCUAAAAUAUUUGACAUUUUAAAUAGUUACAUUUUGAUUUUUCAUGUAGUUAAAAUAUGCUUCAGUAGCUACUCAAAGUGAAGUGAAAGAGAGACAGAAAGACUGUUUGAGGAACAGAAACCUACAGAUGGAAAAAAAAAAACGUAAUUUACAGCUAAGAUGUAAAACUGAUGCAUCAUUAUUGUCGUAUCAGUCUGGUGAUUGAUUGAUAGCUCGCCUCUCCCUAACAUCCCACCUGUCUUUUAGGUGACGUUAGUCCCACCUUGACAGUCCUGCCCCCCUCCAGCGUUGAGCUGCAGCAGAGCAAGGCCACUCUCAUGUGCCUGGCCAACAAGGGCUUCCCCUCAGACUGGAAGCUGAGCUGGAAGGUGGACGGUAGCAGCAGCAACACCUGGGAGGUGACUGGGAGCCCCGGGGUCCUGGAGAAGGAAGGCCACUACAGCUGGAGCAGCACCCUGACCCUUCCUGUCGACCAGUGGAGGAAGGUGGGCUCUGUGAACUGUGAGGCCACCCAGGGCUCCCAGUCUCCACUCUCUGAGACACUGAGGAGAGACCAGUGUUCUGAUUAA